AUAUAAAAAAUCAUCAAUGCCAAAGUGAGGUUAGACAAGCUGUACCUGCAGAUGAUUUGAGGUGUAUUUCAAAUCUAAUAAAACCAACAAAUAUGAGUGAUAAAGAACGUAUGCCCAGCGCAGAUAUAAGCAAGUUGAAACAAUCAGAUUUAGAUUUUAUGAAAUACGUGGAGUCGCAGAAUAGAGAAAGAGUUGAGAAGUUGAAGCUGCUGCGAAGGAACAACAUUCGCACUGCAUCGGUGAUAGGAGGCGCCGUCAUUGGUAUCUAUUUGUAUUCUAUGCUUGCUGUGAAACAGGAGAAAUUCCUGGACGAUUUUGACGAACCCGUUAAAGUCAUCGAGAAGCAAUAGAAAUGGCUGCAUUCAAACA